UUUCGAUUAACACCCUUAGUGGAAUUACAGUCCUUCCAUUCAUGUCCCUAGGGCCAGAAAUAAAGCAAGGAACCUCGUAUACUAGUCUCCUUAAGAUCUCACAGGCGAGGAAUUUUCCACAACGUCCUUUUUAUAAAAGGGAUUAUGUAACUGAACUGGUAAUGAUUUUUUUAAGUGCAAACAUGUUUCUGUGCACAUUGUAAUGAUCGAUUUGAGCCCUUCGUCUGUGAUGUAUUACGUGCGACGAGGGCGACUGCGGCACGUGUACCACACGCAGCCCUCAAAGUGGGUGGAAGGGUAGCGGAGGUGGGGGGCGCGGCAGGCGCACACGCACUGGUCGGCAGACGACCUUGAUGACGUGCGUCUGCCUACGUAGUUCGCUUUGGUUUCUUUUAUGUUCGAGAUUUAUCGUUAGAUGUUGCUUCAGCUCCAAAUUUAAAAGUGAGUUAAUGGAUAUACAUAUGUAGAAUAAAGUAAACAAUAUUUGGAAACGAAAACUAUUAAGGAUAGAACAACCAAAAUGUAAUAAACAAGAAUAUAAUAAUACCAAACCCUUUUUAAAACUGAAUAGCAAAGAUCAAAAUCAAAUUAUUGCUUAUAAAGAUGUUCCAUUAACUUUAAAAUUUACAAAUGCGGAUACGCGUGCUUUAUUUUCAUAUUGCGAAGACAUUUUUUUAAAUGGCUAAAUUUGUCGUCCAAAAAAUCUAGUUAAACGAUUGUCCGAUUUUUACCGACCCUCAAUUGUGAAGAAUUGGCCGGCUAUCUUAUGGUCGAUGAAUAUUUUUAUUUAGAAAUGACUUGUUAGUCACUAACUGUGACUUAACAAGGUGUGUUCAACACUUUCUCCAGGUAAAGACGAAAUAUCUAUUCAAAUAGACUAACAAGCACAAACUGUUUACGGCCCAUUUUCACAUGCUCUUGUUAAGCUUAUUUUAGUAAUAAUUACCUAAAAGGUCAAAAUUAUUUAAAUUUUAAGAACAAUUUUAUAAAAAAAAAGGUUUAAGACAACUUUAAAAACAAUUUGUAUGUAAUGUUUUACGAAGCACUUUUUUAACUUUUGGGUCUAUAUUAGGUCACUUUGAAACCUUUUCAUCUAUUUGUUGAAAGAAUUGUAAUAAGUACUAAUACAAAAGAUUGUGUAUAUCAAACUAGAGAACUUCCCCUCGAAAGAAAAAAAUCCAUAAAAAAAUUUAAGAAAAUCCGACCAAACUUUGGUGCGAUUGCACAUUUGUUUUAUCUUUAGCCGUAUUAAUAGCGGAAUGGCAGGAUGGAUUAUUGACCUUUCUUAUCAAAUAUUUGACAUUGACAGUCGACGGCGGAUGAAUGCGGUUUUCGCGCGAUCGUUGUUUAUCGAGUUUUGCGCACCGUAUUGUUUAUUUUUCCCGGCGAGUUGCCUGACAGGCACACCAGCAAAUUUAGCACAUUUAUAAACAAUGUCGGAAUUUUGCAAACCUCUGAAAAUGAGAUCGCCGGUCCGACUGCUAAUUGUUUGAUAAAGAACAACACAUCUCGCGGCAGAUUAAAAUCUAAGCUAAGGCAAAUGGCACGUAGGCAAAACGCUCCGGACCACCCUGGUAAACGGACCACCCAUUCCAAGUGAUAAGAAGCUCGAAAAAGAGGCGACGUACACUGGUCGACAAAAUUAUUUAACAGCAAAACAGUCUUGCAAUAGCCCACACAGAUCCACUUUAUCUGCAUUUAAAUUUUUUGUUCCAAAUAUACUUGUACAUAUGGUUUUUCAUACUUUUGAUUUGAUGAGUGUUAAAGAAAAUAGCAAUAUUGUCAUAAUAUGAUGCUUUGACUUAAAAAAUAACAUCCAAACAAUUAUAUUUUAUCGUCUAGUGUUAUUGAUGAUUCAGCCCGAUUCGUUGGAAGUCCAACGAUUGCGAAAGUAUUUUUAUAUAUUGUCUGAUGUGUGCGGUGCAUGUUUGUUGUAUCUGUUAGUGCCGGGGUGAAAAGCAAAAAUAAAUAAAUAAGCGAGUAACAAAGAUUUGAACGCAAUGAACUGCGCAACAGAAUAAUUACAAAGUCAGCACCGUCCGUCCGGGAAAAUGCGACUGUGAGUGCGACUGCAGGUGCUAUCAGAUUGGCUAUGGUCGCCAUAUGCAUUCGACUGCCGGGCACGUAAUGCCAAAGGUAAAUACCCGGCUGGAGAGGUGACAUCUCGCAACGAAGUGCAAAAAUUCGGAGGGAAUCGAAUCGCAAGGUACAAACACUUUUGCGAAUUUGUUUUCUGUAAUUUCAAGUUCUCUUCAGACAAAGAGACAUGCGCUUCACAAAUGGUAAUCAAAAAAAAAAUCGAAAAAAGUUUCUUAUAAUCUUUAAACAUGGAAAACAAAUUUUAUUUCAAAAUAGUUUUUUUAAUACUUUGUUUUUAAAAGUUUUUAGGAUAUCUUAUAUUGUAAAACCAUUAUAAAAUAUUAUUGAAAAUCAUAAAGUUUCUUAAGAUUAAGCUUUUAAAAAUUUGGUCAAUCUUUUAAGAUAAAAAAGUGGAUAAAUGGAAGAAAAAAAUAUUUAGAAAAGUAAGUUUUAUUUGUUUAUUACAAAAACAAUAAAAUUGUUUUUACCAGCUUUAGUUUAAAAUGAUGUGGUUCAAUAUGGCCACAACUUUAAUUUCCCCUGAGUUUACUUUUAAAGCUGAGGUGUUGAUAAAAAAUACUUUUUAGGAGUCUAGAAAUAUAAUGCCAAAGUCCACAAAUAUUUAAAAGAAAAAAUUCCAGAAUUUGUAAGAUACAGCCAUAAAUUGUACCAUUCAUUAUAGAUGAUAUGUCAGCAACGUUAUUAUUUUUUUCUUUCGUGCCGAUUCACAGAACGGGCACGUAAACGCUUAUCGGUAAUUGACUUGAUAUGCAAGUGAGGAUCCCUGAGGGGCGGCACGGGGCCUACGACGAUGAGAAUGCACAUGUUGGGGCCUAAUCUGGGAGUAUACAUUUCGAUUUGCGGACACGAUGUUUCCACAAAUUGCAAACGCAGUUUCAAGUGCACGGUCGUCUUACUUAUCGAAGUACUUGACUCAGUCACAUAUAAUAACUUGUUAUCUGAUGAAAUCAUCACUGAUCAACGACAAGAUAAGCAGCAACAAUAACAUAGAAGAAAGUUGGGAAGGCAAUAGAAUACCAUUGGUUUUAAAAAGGGUUUAAUGUCAGUUUUAUUUCUGUCAAACAAAAGCCUCUUAACGAAGUAAUAAACAGGUUAUGGCAUUUCUUAUCAAAAGUGACGAAAAAAGGCUUAAACAAUAAAUCAAUAUUUUAUUUUAAAACGUCACGCAUCACGUCUGAAAUUUUUGUUUGGACUUGCUUAGAGCUUAAAGAAGUUGGGUCGAAUAAAAUCAUUAACUUGACUUUUAAGUCAUGAUCAUAUUUGCGUGCAGAAAAAUCGCAAUUUCGAAAAAAUAAAAAAAGGCCGUGGUUGUCAUCUCUUAAAAAGUAAGAAUUUAAAAAAUCGUUUGCACACCGCCUAAAAAUAGUUUAUUUUGACAAAAACACGUUUGCCUUAAAAAUAGUUUUUAGAAAAAAUACAAAAUGACUAAGUUUGCCCACCUCUGAACAAGUAAAGUAAAUUACUCUUUUCUUUAGAUCAUCAUAGCAGAUCAAUAAAUUGUAUUGACAUAAAAGUCAAAGAUUUUCAAUUCCUAAAACAAUAUAUACUCAAAAAUCGGACGUUUUCGUUUAAAAGUCAAAAUAUAUAUACACAAGAAUCGCAUCUUCGCCAAACGAAGAAAAGCGAAUAAAUGCUACAAUUUUAUUAAAGGACAGAGACUAUCAAUAUACUAAACGUAUCUAGGACUAGAUCAUGGAGUACAAUCGCCAGCCGUGUCCCAUCAGAAUCAUCGAGGACUGCGGGUGCGCUUUUAUGAUAGGCACCGUGGGAGGAUCGUUGUUCCAGUAUGUCAGGGGUUUCCGUAAUUCUCCGGCCGGUCUACGAAUCGGCCUUUACGGCGGAUUCGAGUCGGUGAAAUUGCGGACACCGGCGAUCGCCGGCAGCUUUGCUAUUUGGGGCGCCACCUUUAGCACUGUGGACUGCUUUCUAAAUUCGUAUCGCCAGAGGGAGGAUUCCUGGAACUCAAUUGUCAGCGGAGCGGCCACUGGCGGAAUUUUGGCAGCACGCAACGGCAUUCGAGCCAUGGCCAACAGUGCCUUUGUGGGCUGUCUCGUCUUGGCCAUGCUGGAAGGAGCCGGAGCAGCAGUGGCCACGAUCUAUGCAGUCGACGGAGAAGAAAUCAAAAGCAUUGAUGUCCAGCCAGCGCAGAAACCUGUGUGGGAAGCUAUAGCAGUGAACUCGGUAAAGCAAACUUCCCCAAAGGGUCAGGACUUGAGCGUGGCCGAGUUUGAGCGGGUACUGUACAAAUGUCAAGCAUACGGAGCCCAAAAUAUGAGUCUGGAGGAUUUGCGUUCGGAUGCAAUGAAGGAUAAGGAAAGGGAUCGGGUGGAGGAGCCAUCGCACUCGCUGCUUGAUCUAGUAAAGCUGGCCAAGAUUAUCUGAUAAGGACUUUCUUUGUAGAGUCAAUAUUUUACUUUCAGUGUGCCUCUUCCAAAUUCUGUGCAUAGAUUGAUAUAUUUUUUUUUAAUUGGGCCAAGGAGCAUUUCAAUUGCAGCGCAUUUUAACAACCUACAAAUCCUUUCAAUAUAUUUGGAAAACAUAUUCGUUAAAGUUUAACCUAAAGGCCUAUUAACUUUAAUUUACGUAUGCAGCAAUAUUUAUUUAAAAACUGAAGGAUUUCCCUUGGUUUAAAGGGAAAGUCUUGCAGGUUAGCCGAGUACUAAGCCUACUCAUCUGCAUUCAAAACAUUUGAAAAAUGUAUUGGGAUAUUUUGUGUUUUUAUUUGUGCAAUUCAUUUGUUUCUAAGUUUAAAAUUUAAAAAAGUUAUGUUUCUUAUAUGGUUUUUUACAUUGCAUUUCUAUAUUUUAUUUACUUAAAUAAUUUAAAACAGGUGUCCUUAUAUUGACUAAGAAGCAGGGUAAAUUUUGGAAUUGCAUGAAGCAUAAAUAAAAUCAAAAUUCCACAGAAAUUGUAUCUAGAUGAUAUCUUACACAUAUUAUAACUGUUUUUGUGUUAUGAGGAUAAGGAUAAUUAAUUGUCCCAUUAUACCUAUGCUUAGAAGCUACAUUAGAUUACACAAAAACACUCUGAAAAUCACAUAUUACAUUCGGAGUUGGCAAUUAUGAAUAUUCCUGGGACUGAUAGAAAUCUACCUUUUUAUCGA